AUGACGGAGAACACCAUCCUUUGCACCUGUUUUUGUUUCCGGUUGUUAAAAUGUAAAGAAAGGGAACCUCAGGAGAUCCCAGAGACUACACAAGACAAGAUACUGAAGGCGAAAGCGACGGCACUUGCUACUGUGUUGUUCAAGCACGAUGAUCUGUUCGCUAUUGAGCGGAUGGCUAAGAUGGAUAAGGAUGCGUUGAAACGACCCACGACUUCGGAGGCUGUUGAAGACGCAGAGUUUAUGGAUUUGCUUCCUCAGUCGUUCGCGCUGAAGGCCUACCUGCGAAACAACUCUCGUCAAAUAACCAGAUUAGCGUUGCUUGGAUUAUUGGAGACUGUUCUUUCGUAA